UUACUCACAAAUUUAAUGAUAUACACGCAAUAUUAUAAACAGAGUCAUAAUUAACCAGCAAAAUUCAAUUAACACUAGUGUGAACUUAGCGUCAGGUGAAGAAUAUUUCGAAUUAACUCUGCGCUAGAGGGCGCAGUGUUCUCGUGAUGUUGUUACAUACUGAAGGGCGUGUGAGUGCUUGUGUUAAAAAUUAAGUGUUUUGUGGUUUUAAAAGUCCCAAACAACUACGGAAACGGUAUUGAGAUGUGAAAUAGACGGACAUACAAACACGCCAAACAGAGUGCCUUAAGAGUAAAAAGUGCCUACAAGUAGAAUAGAAGAGAAGAACACUAACGAACGAAACUAACGAAUUCCGAAAUUAUUAAGUGGCAAACGAGCCCGCACCGCAAACGCACACGCCCGCGUGACUCCACCGGCCGCCGGACGAGCGGAGUCGGCUGAUUGACACUAAAACAAAAACCCAUCGCCAAAGACACCACUCGUUCAGCGGUCCCAGCGGGGACGGUCCCCGGCUGCAGCCAGCUCGCACAGCUACUAUACACAGACCCACAUCGCUAUCCAAAAUGUCAUCCCUAUCGCUCAAGAUCUCGAUAGAGGGUGGCAAGGUGGUGAAGACGAUACAGUUCGACCCGACGAGCACCGUGUACGACGCGUGCCGCAUCAUACGCGAGAAGAUCCUGGAGGCGAACACUAGCGAUGCAAAAGAGUACGGCCUCUUCCUCGCCUCCGAGGAGGACAACAAGAAAGGCAUCUGGCUGGAGGCCUCUAGAAGCCUCGACUACUACAUGCUCAGGAACGGGGAUCUGCUCGAGUAUAAUAAGAAGACGAGGAACCUGAGGGUCCGGAUGUUGGAUGGUACGGUGAAGACACUGCUAGUUGAUGACAGUCAAGUGGUAGCGAACCUCAUGGUGGUGAUUUGCACUAAGAUUGGUAUCACCAACUAUGAUGAAUAUGGAUUGGUACGCGAGGAACAGAAGGAAGAGGCGGAUCCGUGUGAAAAGCCUAACUACGGCACGUUAACAUUGCGCAGACGACACCACGAAAAAGAGAGGGAUGCUAAAAUGGACCAGUUGAGGAAGAAACUGAGGACUGAUGAUGAAGUAAACUGGGUGGAGCCAUCAAAAACGCUGCGCGAACAGGGCAUAGACGUCACAGAAACUCUUUUACUACGUCGCAAGCUGUUCUUCUCGGACCGCAACGUGGACUCGCGGGACCCGGUGCAGCUGAACCUGCUGUACGUGCAGGCGCGCGAUGCGAUACUGGACGGCACGCACCCCGUCACACAGGACAAGGCGUGUGAAUUCGCUGGCAUCCAGUGUCAGAUACAAUUUGGUGAUCAUAGAGAAGAUAAACACACGCCUGGUUUCUUGGACCUAAAAGAAUUCCUGCCGGCGUCCUACGUGAAAGUGAAGGGCGUAGAGAAGAAGGUGUUCAAAGAGCACCGCAAGCACACGGGUCUGUCUGAGUUGGACGCUAAAGUGCUCUACACCAAGAGCGCUAGGGACUUGCCCACGUAUGGUGUGGCUUUCUUUUUGGUUAAGGAGAAAAUGAAAGGCAAGAACAAGCUAGUGCCACGCCUACUGGGCGUCACCAAAGACUCAGUGUUGCGUCUGGACGAACGCACCAAAGAAACGUUACAAACAUGGCCGCUUACCACUGUGCGGAGAUGGUGUGCUAGUCCCAACACUUUUACAUUGGAUUUCGGUGAUUAUAGUGAUCAAUACUACUCCGUGCAAACAACGGAAGCGGAACAGAUACUACAAGUGAUAGCCGGAUACAUAGACAUAAUAGUGCGCAGGCGCAGAGCAGCUGAUCACCUCGGUAGAGAUGGUAACGAGGGCUCUGCGCUGUUGGAGGACUCGGUGUCGCCUUCCAAGGCAAAUAUAAUACAACACGACACGUUCAAAUCGGGCAAAGUGAACACCGAAUCCGUAGCAAAGCCGGCCGUGCUCCGGCCUGGGGCAGAAGGUGCAAAAUCGUUCGCGGUCGGGCACAUGACGGGCGCGCAGCAGACCACCGUCUCUGGCCAAGUGAUCACCGGCCACACGCCGCCCGCUGCAUCGCAAGUGCAACAGACGAGAGUCACAUCGAUAUUGAGCGAGCCGCAGAGAGCUCUGCUAUCGACUAUCACGAGUGGCAGAGAAGUUAUCAAGCAGACGGAAGAAGGGUUGACAAGAGCUUCACUGCCAGCACUAGGCUCAGACGCCGGCUCCGUUCGUUGGAAGACAACUACACUAGAUACGAGCAAGCAAGUGGUGACGUCACACAUCGCAGCUAUGAACGCGGCUACCGCGCAAGUGGUUACGCUUACAGCCGGACCUACCGAAGAAGUCGAUCACACCGCUGUUGGUGCAGCAAUUACGACUAUCACCACAAACUUACCUGAAAUGACUAAAGGUGUGCAAAUGAUAGCGGCACUAAUGGAUGAUGAUGAUAACGGUGAUAAGCUGUUGGACGCUACACGCAAACUGUGCAGUGCCUUCACCGAUCUGCUGCGAGCCGCCGAGCCGGAGACUAAGGAGCCCCGACAGAACCUACUCAACGCAGCCUCCCGCGUCGGAGAAGCGUCCACAAGCGUUCUGUACACCAUCGGCGAAGAAACACCGCAAGACAAGGAGACACAGGAUAUACUCCUCUCGCUGGCCAAAGCGGUGGCCAACACUACAGCAGCGCUAGUGCUAAAAGCUAAGAACGUGGCCGCUCAGUGCCGCGACGAGCAGCCGCUGCAGAACACGAUCAUAGCGGCCGCUACACACUGUGCGCUAGCUACCAGCCAGCUGGUCGCUUGUGCUAAGGUGGUAGCCCCCACCCUCCACAACCCGGCAUGCCGCACGCAGCUGGAGAGCGCGGCCCGCCAGGUGGCGCAAGCUGUGGAGCGGCUCGCCAGCUCGUGCCAGCUCGCGCCCGAAGCUGCGGCGCCGGCGGUCGAGCAGCUGUCUGCUGCUGCACGACGCGUCACCGAGGAGCUGGAGAGAUUGUUGGCGCAUUGUGAACUGGACCGCCGCGGGCAAGCGACUGUAUCGCAGUCGGUGGACAGCGUGCUGUCCGCCAGCGAGCGGCUCGGAGCAGCGGCUGAUGCUGGGGAGAUGGUUCGCAGCGCCCGCCUGCUGGGACAGGCCACUGCCAGGCUGAUUGCUGAUAUUAAGACGGAAGCCGAAAAACAACCAUCGGAGAGUCAAGGCAAAUUACUAGCUGCAGCAAAACUAUUAGCAGAUGCCACCGCUCGCAUGGUUGAAGCGGCCCGGCUCUGUGCGUCCGAACCGCAGGAUCGCGACAAGCAAGAGGCGUUACUCCGAGCUGCAGAAGAACUCCGCUACAUCACAGUGGAUUAUGCGCAGGGACAGGAUCUGGUCGAGGCUCAAGUGGCGAGACUGCAUGAAAGCGCCAAACAAGCUACUUCGAGCGCUACACAGCUGAUCGCGUCCGCUCACAACGCGACGCAGUACAACACUAAUAAAUAUUCGCAGGAGGCACUCCUAUCUGAGUGUACAGUGCUAAACGAGCAAGUGCCCCGCCUGCGCGAAGCGAGCGGAGCGUUCGCGGCGAGGCCCAGUGAUGCGGCCACGAGUUUGGACCUUAUUACCGCGGCCGAGAGUUUCUUACAGCCAAGCGGUCACGUGGCUCAAGCUGCUCGCGCCGUGCUGCCAACAGUGAGCGAACCCGCGGCGAAUAAACAGCUAGCGGACACUACGCACCAGUUUGCGGCUAGCUGUACUGAUUUGAGAUCGGCAGUAGGCCGCGCACGAGCAUCAUGCCGCGGGCUAGAGAUGGACGCAGCUGCCGAAAUCUUGCGCAGUCUCCAAGCGGAGAUCGAUGAGAUGGAGCGAGCUGCUGCUGCACUGGAGCUGAGGCCCAUACCUGCGCAGACGCCGGAAUGGUCGUACGGCCGGCUGCAAUCAGCCGGGCGAGCAGCCGGCUCAGCGAGCGCUGCUCUGAGCGCGGGCGCGCGGCGCGGGGAGCAGGCCACGUGUGCCCGAGCAGCGCUGGACCUGGCUGCUUCGCUGCGGGACUUCGCGCCGCCGCUCCGAGCAGCGCUGGCUGUCGCUGAGCCGGAUCAUCAGCCUAGAAUAAUCUCGUCCGGUCGGCAAGUGGUGACGUCAUCUCUGACGCUGGUGGAAACUGUGAAACGUUACCUCGUCAGCUCUGAAGAGGUGGACUGCGCGAACAUCGUCAGCAUGGCCAAGAGUGUGUCGCAGAGUGUGGAACAAACGUUAGAAGCGGUUCCAACGCACACGGAACUCGACGGUGCAUUAGAUGAUGUUGCGCACACGCUGCAUAUACUGGAUAUUGGUGAUCUGCCCAGAUCCGAUCGGACUUAUGGCGAGCUGCAAACAGAACUGAACUCAGCCGCAGUAGGCCUCAGCAACGCCUCCUCAGAUGUAGCCGCGGCCGCUGAAGUUGGCGGCUUGUCUAACGCGGGGCGACAGUUUGGGGAUGCUUUCAACAGGCUGAUGGGCGUUUCUCUUGAACUGGCCGGGCAGACUGAGGAAAAAGAAACGCGCGGUGAAAUGAUACGAUCAAUGAAGUCGGUGACGGUCAACUCUUCGAAACUACUCGGCACAGCUAAAUCUGUUAGUCAGGAUUUGACACGACCGAACGCCAAAAACCAACUGGCGGCCGCAGCUCGUGCCGUCACAGAGAGCAUUAAUCACUUGGUGGACGUAUGUACAGAAGCUGCGCCUGGGCAAAAGGAAUGUGCAGCAGCUAUACGCAGUAUCGAAAGCACUCGUCCACUGCUGGGUGCACCGAGCCAGCCGCUCAACGAUCUUGGUUACUUUGCGUGCCUCGACGCGGUCGUUGACCAGAGCAAGGCGCUGAGCGAAGGCAUGUCAGGAAUGGCGAGUUCUAUCAAGAAGGGCGACAACACGCACUUUGCUCGUAGCGUCGUCGGUGCGGGCGCAGCUGUGCAAAGUCUUGUGGAAUGUGCCGCACAGGCUGCUUAUUUGACGGCGGUAUCAGACGAAACGUCAACAGCCGGUAGAGCGGGUCUGGUCGACCAGGCGCAGUUCGCACGAGCUGCGGCCGCGAUAGAGAGAGCUUGUGAAACACUGUCUGACCCCAGGACUGAUCAACACCAGGUGCUAUCAGCAGCCACGGUAAUAGCGAAACACACGAGCGCACUGUGCAACGCGUGCCGCGUGGCUUCAGGCCGCUCUGUGGAGGCGCAGAGCAAACGACACUUUGUGCAAGCCGCCAAAGAUGUGGCCAAUUGUACCGCUGCGUUGGUGAAGGAGAUCAAAGCGUUGGACGCUGCGUAUACGCAGGAGAACCGCAGUCGUUGCGGUGCUGCGUGCGCGCCGCUGCAGGAAGCGGUGCGUUCAUUGGUACAGUUCGCUGAUAGUCCCGAAUUUGCUGCAGUGCCGGCGAGAAUCUCACCGCAGGCGAGAUUGAACCAGCAACCGAUAUUGGAUUGCGGCAGGAGCAUAAUAUCCGGUUCGUGCUCUAUGCUCGAUGCAGCACGUGCGCUUGCACUUGCUCCGGCCGACCGCGGCCAUUGGCAGGCGCUCGCUGCACACAGCAAGACCGUGUCCGAUAGUAUUAAACAGCUGGUCGCUAAUAUACGUGAAAAAGCGCCAGGACAACGCGAAUGCGCACGUGCACUGGACACGCUCAGCGCGCAGCUGCGGGAGCUCGACCAUAUCGCUAUACAGGCUGUGGGGCAGGAGCUGCAGCCGAGACAAGCUAACACGCUGCAAGGUUACUGUGAACAAGUGGAGAACAGCGCUGCCGAGAUCCUGGAACGCCUGGAAGCUGUUCGUGUAGCUUCCACCAGUGAAGCGGAGAACCUGGGACACUCUGUGCUGCAGCUGGUAUCAUACGCCGAGCCGCUAGUGGCAGGCGCAAGCGGUGCAGCAUCAAAUCUGACGGAAUCGAACGCGCAGUCCGAUCUCUUACAACACGCACGCACUGUGUUGGAGACCCUGGCGUUGCUCGUGACUGCGGCCAAGCAGGCGGGCGGCAACCCUAGGGCGGGGGGCGCUCACGCGGAGGUGGACGCGCAGGGGUCGCUCGCGCGCGCGGCGCUGAGCGAGCUGAGCGAGACGGUGCGCGCGCUGAGCGCCGCGCGCGGGGACGCCGGCCCGCUGCUCGACUGGAUCGCGCGCUCGCUCACCCGCCUCACGGAGCAGCGAAUGUCGCUUAUCGGCUCAUACGAUGAGACGGAAUCGUUCGUCGACUAUCAGACACGCAUGGUGGCUGCCGCCAAGGAGAUUGCUAAACUUGCUUCGGAUAUGACAGCUAAAGCGGCUACGGAACCAUCCCGUCUGCUAGAGAUCGGCAAUGAAAUGUGCCAGAAGUAUGAGAAACUGGCGUCAGACAGUGUCGGUGCGUCUGCCACCACGCCUAAUGCUGAUAUUGCUAAUCGUAUUCGCGUGUGUGCCGUAGAAGUGGGCGAAGCUGUCUCUGAAUUGGUCAGAGCUGGUGGCCAUUGUCGUCUAGCGGCCAUACCGCAGAACCAGCGGGCGGUCGGUGAUUGUGCGAGACGGUUGAAUGAGAAGGUGGUCUCAAUGCUAAGUGCUUUACAAGCGGGUUCCCGAGGCACGCAAGCGUGUAUCGACGCAGCGGCCACCAUCGCCACUAUUAUAGGAGACUUGGACACUACCAUACUGUUCGCUAGUGCCGGUACACUGCAAUCAGACAAAGAGGGAGACACGUUCUCCAACCACCGCGAGGGUAUCCUAAAAACGGCUAAAACAUUGGUAGAAGACACAAAGAGUCUGGUUGGUGGUGCUGGCGGGUCGCAGGAUCAGUUGGCUGCUGCUGCACAAAGUGCUGUAGGAACUAUCAUGCAACUAUGCGAGGUGGUGAAGCAGGGCGCUCUAUCGCUGGGCCGCGGCGGCAGCGAGCCGCAGGUGCUGGUGCUGCACGCGGCAAGAGAUGCGGCCGCUGCGCUGAGAGAUCUUGCUGCUGCCACUGCUGCAGCGAGUGGGAAACAUGUGCACCAUCCCGAUAUGGAGCGGCUGAAACAUGCUGCCAAGCGUCUCUCCGACCCGAAGCGCUGGAGUCUCCCGCUCAAAACGAACACAGUGCCAAGGGCAAAGAGACGCUCGAUUAACUUGAAGGAGUACAACUCGUGCGACUCCGAAACUGAUAUCUUCCAAUCAGACCAGGAAGAGGAACUGGUCAAGCUCCUAGACUAUUCGAGCCAAGAUGACGAUAUCUCGCCAAGCAUAUUUUACGACAGUUGCGAAGAACUCAUUGCCUAUAUAGAAAAUUUAAUGGUGAACCCGCCAGAACGAGUAAUCGAUGAUGAUUUGAACAUGAGAUACAACAUGGCAGCUAGAAAUAGCUUAUUCGAUAUGGACUGGCGAGUACUGAAAUAUGGAGAGAGCAUUUUCUUGGGAGAGUUAAGGAAAUUGAUAGAUCUGUGUGCAGAUUGCUUCAAGAAAGCGGAAAACAGAAGGAAGCGUAAUGAAAGGGAAAUAGAAAUCGUUACGUCUGAUUUGGAUACAGAAAUGAAGAGAUUAUCACAAGUUGUAGAGGAUUUAGAUUGGCAAGACACGGUCAAUGAAAACAUGACGACGAAGAUAAGCACAAUUCAAACGAUAAUAACGAAAAAAUCUAAACAGGAAAAGCCGAAAUUGAAAAACCCAGUGUUCAAAGUUAAGAAAGUUAAGCCGGUCAAUUUAAUUAUCAAUUUGGAUAAAACACCUGAAAUCAAGUCGGUUGAACCUUACAAAUCGCCUGAAAAAACUCCGGAAAAUAGCCCGAAAUCGCCGGCACUAAGCAACGGAGUUAGUACGAUAAAUAGAAAAGAGUUUUGGAGUUUGUUUAAAAAUGACACGGAAUGGUGGAAGGCCCUCGCUCAGAGGAAUUUGGAAAAGAUGGAAGAAACUAGACGUGAACUAGAGAGAUUUAGUGGUCACGAACUAGUUUUGGGUGAAAUUCAAAAUGAAUUGGACAGAUAUGAGAAGGAAAAGCACACUUUACGCACGUUUAUCGAAGAGGUUGACUUAUCAAAAACAAUUAACAAAGAUCUCGAAUACAAUAAAAAAUAUGAAGAUAUUGUGCUAAAUUUGAUUGAUUUCGCCAAAAAAGACUUUGUGUUCAAAGGUUUCGAUCCGUUAAUAGUAAGAUUAAAUGAACUAUCUAACAUAGAAAUAGAAAGGAGAAAGAAGAAUAUUCAAAUAGAAGACAUAUUGAAUAUCACCAAUAUAGAUAUAACGAAAUAUACAUACGAAGAGUUGUGUAUACUAGAAAAGCGAUACAAAGAAUUGAUAAGGAAGUACAAAACUCAUACACAAGAUAAAGAGAACGUUACACCCGAACGUGAAACAGAAAAUAAAUCAAGACCACCUACAUUUCAUAAAAAUGUCAUUCUUAACGUGCAUUCUAGUCAAAAUAUAACGCGAAACAUAAACCAAUAUACAUCUAACUCAAAUGAAAACACACUCAAAAGAAACAAGAAUAGAGAUGAAAAUUCGAAAAAUAACUUGGAAAUCUUGGACAUAACACGCACGUACCCGUUAGAGUACUACGCGAAUAACUGGUGGACGAUCUACGAAGACAUAGUGAAGAAUCGGGAACGCCAAUUCGGCAGUAUAGACAACUGGUGGGAAUUCUAUGAAGCUGUUCUAAAUAGAAAGGACACAAGCGCCGAGGACUUGAAGCGACUGCGUGAAAUAAUGAAAUACAGAAGCUUGAGGCGGUCAAGGCCGAAUAGUCGAAUGGAGGAGCAGUUAAAGAUGCUAGAUGACGUGGAUAACACCAAGUUCCGUGAGAGCGAAGCGGUGGCGACGAGCGGCAACGAAUCGGUGAUGGUGACGAACGUGACGUCACUGCUGAAGACGGUGAAGGCGGUGGAAGACGAGCAUACGAGGGGAACAAGGGCUUUGGAGUCAACUAUAGAAGCUAUCUCGCAGGAGAUCGAGGUGCUAAUGUCCCCCACUCCCCCCACGGGCAGCGGUUCUGCCGAAGAGCUGGUGCGUUGCACGCGGCUGAUGACCGCAGCCACAGCCCGGGCGGUGGCCGCCGGGGGCACGGGCGGAGCCGCGGGGCAGGAGCAGCUCACAGCAGCCGCUAACCUGGGCAGGAAGACCGUGCUCGACAUGCUGGCUGCGGCCAAGAGCGCAGCACACGCAGCGGAAAGCGACGAACUGCGCACGCGCACGUUGGAAAGCACACGCGCAGCUGCAGAAGCGUAUCGUGCGCUGCUCAGUGCGUUACUUAGUGCACCUGCAAGCAAAGCCGCGUUGCCCGAUCUGUCUAGAAAUGUCGCUCAUGCUGUCGCGGAUAUGUUGGCGGCCGCUGAGCUGCUUAAAGGUUCGGACUGGGUGGACCCAGCAGACCCGACCGUGAUCGCGGAACAGGAGCUGCUCGGAGCAGCCGCCUCUAUAGACGCGGCCGCGAGGAAACUGGACAAGCUCAGGCCGAGGAUUGUGCCGAAUACACAGGAAACGGACGAAACACUGAACUUUGACGAGAUGAUCCUGGAGGCCGCUAAAUCGAUCAUAGCGGCCACUUCCGCUCUAGUUCGCGCAGCUUCCGCCGCGCAGAGGGAGCUUAUCGAUCAGGGCAAAGUGGCCCGCCGCCCCACAUCGUCAUCGGACGACGGCCAAUGGUCUGAGGGACUCGUAUCGGCCGCUAGACUCGUAGCUGCAGCUGCGCAUGCGCUGGUCGAAGCUGCUAAUGCUCUUGUACAGGGCGCGGCAUCAGAAGAGCGUCUUAUAUCUAGCGCGAGGCAAGUGGCCUCGUCCACCGCACAACUGCUCGUCGCUUGUAAGGUGAAAGCCGAUCCGUCCGGCGAGUCGACCCGUCGGCUGCAGUCGGCCGGCGCCGAAGUGAUCCGAUCGACGGAUAACUUGGUGCGGGCCGCCAGAGACGCGAUACACUGCGACGACGAGAGGUCGCUCGUGCUGAACAGGCGCAUGGUGGGGGGGAUCGCGCAGGAGAUCGACGCCAGAUCUGAGGUCCUGCGCAUAGAGAAAGAGCUAGAGGAAGCACGUGGUCGCCUCACCGCCAUCAGACAGGCGAAGUACAAGCUACGCGGCGAUACUUCCGGUGACGAGACGGACACUGACCACGAUGGUCACGGUCACGGGAACAGAUUCAAAUCGCCAACAUCAAGCUUCGCGAACACAACGUACAGUCCGAACAGCACGUACAGCGCUCACAACACGACACAACACACGUCGUUCAACACGACACAACACGCGUCAUACAACACGACACAGCACAGCGCUAACCUCUCUCAAACACUGGGCUCGCCGGGUUAUGGGCUAACUUCACCGGGUCACAGUCAGAAUUCGGUCGGUCACGGUCAGAAUUCAGCCGGUCACGGUCAGAUCCCGUCGCCCGGUCACCACAACGGUUACGCAAAAGAGACGGAGCACAAAAGUGCACAGAGUCCGUCCUUCUCUAGCUUCCGACCGGAUGAUACGCCGAAGCAAAAUUACGAGGGUUUCACUACACGAGAAAAAACUACGAGUAAUGACAGAACGAUGAGAAACGAGACGAGCAUGACAGAGGAAACGGUUGUCGUCAAGUCGUUGCGCCUGCCGGAAGUGAGGACAGCCCGGCUGGUGCAGGGGGAGGGGGGGGAGAUGAGAACAGGCCGGUUGGUGCCCGAGGGGGGGGAGGUGGUGAGCUACCGCCGCGAGAGGGCCCCGCCACCGCCGCCCAGGCGAAUCUCGCUCCUAAAUUACGAGACCCGCCUGUACGACACGCCGCGUCCCGUCAACGAAUAUUACUCUAAAACGGAUGAGCAAAGGCAAUAUGAGAGCAAUCAGUACUAUAAGGAAGAGAAAUACGGUUACGAUGCGCCCAAAGUGACAGCGCCCAUGAGUCCCAAGUUUAACGCGCGCGAUCUUCCCAAAACUCCAACUUUCUUUGACGAUAAAGAACCAAUAUACUCUACUCUAAGGAAAUCUAAGUCGCCGUUAGACGGUAUCGGACAGACGUUCAGCGAACACCACAAGUCGACUGAAGCUAUUCCCGGUGGUACGAAACAUUCAGAAUUCUCGGUCAAAAGCGAGUCGUACCAGAGCUACCCUAAAACGGAAUACAUCAAAACGGAAACGCGACAAGACGUCAAAUCUCCAUUCGCCACAUCCACGCCCGCUAAAACAGACAAGGACUUCAAAGAUUUCAAACAUAUGGACAUGGUGAAAGUGCCCACACCGGACUUCGACAGGAUGUCAUCUCCGUACGGCAAAGAUGUGCACAGCUACGGUGGCCCGAAUUUCCUCGAGGAAACGACCACCGAAGUAAAAGAUAUACCGAACGGCACGCAGAAGAUAACCACCACCAAGAUUUACAGCUCAUCGCCAGUGAAUUUAACGAGCACAAGCACUAAAUACGAGCCGAUCAAGCUGGAAGGCAUAGAUGAGCUGUCGAAAUUCGAUAACGACUCACGCUACAGCACGCUAGACUCUCGAUUCAACACGCUCGAGUCGAAAAUGAGUUCUGACACAAGUCGAUCCUUUAUGCGACCUUCAGAGUUCACAUCAACUGAUUAUCAGACAAGCAGCAUGAAAGUAAAGAAACCGUCAGAUCUAGUGAAGGAAAUCGAUAGUCUAGAUAAAAAAUUCUCGAAGCAAACGAUCACCUCAGAGACGAUAGAGCGCAAGUCGGUGAUGACCAGCUCGCACAAGUCGGAGACCAGCUCCACGGUCACCAAGAAGUUUGGCAACUUUUAAGCAAGUUGGGAUCUCGCCCUCAACGCUCGUGCGACGUGUCCGCGUAAAUUUUAUAUAAGAGUUAUAUGUAUUUACAAUACUAAGGUGCCUUAACUAUAUGCGGCUUUUUUGUAUUUAUUUUUAUUUUUGAAGUGAAACUUCUUUAUCGGGGUUGGAAAAAAAUUUAGUGUAUUUUUUCAUUACGCGUGACAUUUUUCCGUUUCGCG